AUGGCGAGGGUUCCACAAGCCAACGCAAACCCCAAGCUUCUGCGCUGGCUCAGGGGAGGCCGCCUUUAUAGUCAGUCGCCUUUGCCAUGCAGCGCAGGCGCGCUGGAGCCCGGACCGCGCUCGCCGAGCCUGCAGGUUCCCGACUUCCGGUUCCGAGGGGACCCAGAGGCGAGACUGAGACUAAUGGCGGCGUCCGUGAAGCAAGCCACCGGGGGCGUUGAAGAGACCGCGGCGGAAGAGGAACCGCGAGUUCUGGAACCCGGGGCCGCCCCAUUCGGAAAUUUCCCUCAUUAUUCCCGCUUCCACCCUCCAGAGCAACGGCUCCGCCUCCUGCCUCCAGAGCUGCUUCGCCGGCUCUUCCCUCAGAGUCCCGAGACAAGGCCGAUCCUGGGGCUCGACGUGGGGUGUAACUCCGGGGAUCUGAGUGUGGCUCUAUACAAACAUUUCCUUUCCCUACAUGAUGGGGAGACCUGCUCAGAUGCCUCAAGAGAACUCCAUCUCCUCUGCUGCGACAUAGAUCCAGUCCUGGUGGAACGAGCUGAAAAAGAAUGCCCUUUUCCGGAUGGCUUGACCUUUAUCACCCUGGACUUCAUGAAUCACAGGACCCGGAAAGUUCUCUUGAGCUCUUUCUUAAGCCAGUUUGGACGCUCAGUUUUUGAUAUUGGCUUCUGCAUGUCAAUAACCAUGUGGAUUCAUCUGAACCAUGGGGACCAAGGCCUUUGGGAGUUCCUGGCCCACCUUUCUUCCCUGUGCUGCUACCUCCUUGUGGAACCACAGCCCUGGAAGUGUUAUCGGGCAGCUGCAAGGCGUCUCCGGAAGCUGGGCCUCCAUGAUUUUGACCACUUCCGCUCCCUAGCUAUCCGAGGUGAUAUGGCCAAUCAGAUUGUGCAGAUCUUGACCCAGGACCAUGGCAUGGAAUUAGUAUGCUGCUUCGGCAACACCAGUUGGGACCGAAGCCUUCUGCUCUUUAGGGCAAAACAAGCCACAGAGACUCAUCCGAUCCCUGAAUCACUGAUAGAAGAAGGGAAAGAAAGGAACAGAAUAAGAUUCUAGAGACAAUGAGAUGGGAGGGAGGAUAGAGAUAUUGAAAGGGUUUUAUGCAAAGAAUUAAGUUCAUUCUCCUUAACUCCUGAUAGUUAGGCAGCUUUAAAACUUGGCAGAAGCUUUUUAAAUGUCCAGGACAUGCAAUGAAAAGAAUCAGUAUCUUCCUCAUUUGGGGGGAUGAUCCCUGAGGAGAAUAUUCAUGUGAGGCAAUGAUCUGUCCUAUCUGGAAUGACCUAGAGAAAGUGAUCCUGGUUCUGGGAUAUGCAAGGGGCUGCCUUUGGUGGUUAUUUAGGAAGACUUAGACCAGGUUAGCCUUAGAAUGUCCCUUCCCUGGUCUCCUUAAAUCUGAUCUGCCUUCUUCAGGCUUCUUCUAGACUUACUCAUCCUGUCUAUGAGACAAAACCUCACAAUACAAUCUGGAAUGAAAAGUCACUGGGCUGGCUAAAGGAGAAGCUUUGGUAGGAAGAACAUCUUUCCAAAGCAGGUCAAGUUGCCAACAUGCCCAGGCUGAGCACAGCAGUUAUAGAUACAGUACUAACCAAGAUGCAUCGACUAGCAUUUAAAAGAUAUUUAAAAGAUUAAAUUAUGAACUCAAAAUCCAACCGGUACAAAUGAAAUGAAUGAAGUGGGAUUGUAUACAGUAUAUACAAUUAUAUUUUAUAUAUAAUAAAAGUGACUUGAGUAUGGUUGAGAAUGCCCUGUGAAUCUGGAGUAGAAAAGAAAUUUCUGCCUUUAACCACUCUACCCAUGGAGGUUUCAACUCAAGAAAAAGAACCUCACCCAAGCUCAAAACAGAAAACAUGCCAGCGAGUAAGUUAAUUCAGGAUAUUUUUUGUCAGUGUCUUCUGUCAAAGCACACCAGUAUGGAGGUAGGGGGCAUAUACCAGUAUGGGGGUGGGAAUACGUGCAGAGAAGCCUACACAAAAUGCAGCCUACAAUUGGAUGGCUACAGCGUCAGUGCUGUGGGAUAGGUGUCACUGAUGUCUGGCAGGUGUUGAUUUUUAAAACACCCAUGAGUCCACUUCAAGGGAAAGUGGAAGAUAGAGAAGAUGUGGUGGAGAGAAGAUGGAAAAAUAAAACAUACCUAGCUAAGAAGGGAGAUUGGAUUGAUGAGCUUCACAAUCUCUAAGAUCCUAUUAUUUUCUGAGUUGAUGUUAUAGAAGGAGGAACAGGGAACAAGAGAGUCUGAACCACCAAUUAGAGGUUGGACUUCUUGAAGAAGUUAGUAAAAGUUCCUACUAAGGAAUUUGAACUUUAUGCAGAGAGAGCAGAAGCCAGAGCAGUUCCUAAAUAAUAGGAGGAUGGAACCAAAACCUUCAUUUAGGAAAACCAAUUUUUCUAUUUUGUGCAGGAUAAUUGUAUGGUUGGUGCCAUUUCCAGUCUCAGUUAGACUCUAAUACUACUUCUCAGUCUUUUUAUAUUGCUGCUCCUGAUCACUUUUAUCCUAGAGACUCUUCCAGACUUUUACCCUUCUGCAGGCAGGCUCUUGACUCUAUUCCUGCUCCAUUAAUCUAAGCAGGUGACCUAACCACCAACUAGUGCCAUUUUUGUUUACUGUGUCAGGAAGUCUUUUCUUGCCCUCAGUCUUGAACCCCUUCAUCUUCCCUUGUUUUCACUUCUAAACUUACCCAGUGAGCUUUUACCCAAAUAACCUCUGCCUAAGUUCCAGAUCCCAACCUCUACUACCUCUCCCAAACUGUAUUUUAUUAAGGAUCCCCUUGGUGUCUCCUUGGCCUCAUUGAACCUUGCUGUCCACCUACCAACAUGCUCAGUUCUCGCUCACCUUCAAAACCACCAACUUUUCCUGUGUCCUAUCUCCCUCUCAGCCUUAUGCAAUCUCCAUCUCUUCACCACCAUACAUGAGCAAAGCCCUUGAAAGAAUACAUGCCACCGCCUCUGCUCCCUCAUCUCCCAUUCAUCAGUAGCCACCUGAAUGCCAUAUUUUGAGGCCUCUUUCCAGUCUUCCUCCUGGGCCAUGGAACCAUUCAACACUAUUGACUCCUUCCUUACUGAACCGCGCUCCCUUUGAUUCUCUGCCAUUCUGUGCUAUUAUUCUCUUCCAAUCUCUUAGUUUCUCUCUACACCUUAAGCAAUUGGUUCACAUUUUAAUUUGCAUAAGCAUUACCUGGGGGAGUCCUGGAUUCAUCUCUAGAAGCUGUGAUUCAGGUCAGAAAUGGGGCUUAGGAUUCUGGUUUGGUUUGAUUUGGGUUUUUUUGCAAUUUUUAUUGUGGAAAAAUAUAUGUAACAUAGAAUGUACAGUUUUAACUGUUUUUAAGUGUAUAUUCUGUGGCAUUAAAUACAUUCACAAUGAGGAAUCUUUUUAACAGGCAUGCCAUAUGAUUAUGAUGCAAGUCAAAACAGACCACACUUUGACGCUUAGGAUCCCUUAGGGUCCAUCCAGUCCUCUUCUACAUUUUUUUCCUGGGGUGAGUUCCUCCACUCCCAUACCUUUAACAACUACCUAUAUGCUAAUAACCCCCAAUAGUUAUAAGCCCCACCUUCACAAUUCCAGAUUAAUAUUUUUCCUGUUUUGUAGUCAUACUCCCCUAGAUAGUUCUUUGGCACCUCAAAUUCAACAUAUCCCAAAAGCAAACUCAUUACCCUCAUUCCAAACCUAAUCCUAUCUCAAUUGUUGGCAUCCACCCAUUGCUCAAGCUUCAAACUUCAGUUAAUUCUCCUCAUUUAUACUUCCCACACUGAAACAGUCACAAAGUCCAGUGAAUUCUACCAAUAACAUGUAAGUUCCACUUAUUUCAUCCAUGUGGCUGAUGCCUACCAAAGGUUUCUAUGUUAAAUCCUCUACCCUCCAAUCCAUUCUGUCUUGCUGCUAGUGUUCCCUUUCUCAAAUAUCUAGCUAUGCUAGUAUUAUGCUUAAAAACCUUCAGUGGUUUCCUAGUGCCUAGAGUCCUGUCCUUUAUCCAGUGCCUAAACCAAUAUUGUUCAAUAAGGUAGCCGCUUGCUAUUUAAAUUUAAAUUAAGGAAAAUGAAAUAAAAUUUAAAAUUCAGCUCCUCCAUCCUACUAGCCACAUUUCAGGUGUUCAGUAGCCCUGUGUGACUAGUGACUACCUUAUUGGACAGCACAGAUAUAGAAAAUUUCCAUUGUUGCAGCAAGUUGUACAGGACAGUGCUAGUCUUCAUGCCUUUCCUCUACACAUCAGCCACACUGAACUUCUUAGCACAAACUCCUGCUUCCCUUCUCUCUUCCCCAGCUCUCCCACUUUGCAAUGUGGUUCAACUGUUUGUCCUAAAAAUGGCUCAGAUGUUACAUUUUCUCAAAAAUCUUCCCCAACUCCUAUAGCAGUUUGCAUUUGUUACUAUAUUCUAGUGAGGACUUUGCAUAGAGGCCUCUAUCACAGUGUUUACCUCAUCAUAUUAUAAUUGUUUCUGUGCCUCUUCCCCACCACCAGGAGACUGAGCUCCUCAAGCCCAACUUAUUUUUGUAUACCUAAGCCUAGCUCAAUGUCUGACACAUGGCAGGCAGCUGAGAAUUACUUGUUGAAUGAAUAUAUGAGUGAACAAAAAAGAAAUGCACCCGAAUUCAAGUACUGAGAAGAAAAGGGAGAUCUAUGAUUCGGCAAAAGACUGCCCAGGAUACUGUAAAAAUGGGGAGAAAUUAGAAAUUCGAGAGGAGGAUAAGGUUAGCCUUUGGCAUGGAUUUUUGAGUUAUGUUUCCCAAACAUCUUUGAGAUAAGAUGUCCAUUUCAAGGCCUUCAUUAUUGAUAGUUUGGGAGAGGACAGUGGAUAAAGACUAGAUGUAAAAAUUUGGAAGUCAUUCACAUAGAAUGAUUGAGAUUUAAUGAGUAGUAAAUUUAAAAAGUAAGUGGAUAUAAUAGGAGGGGACAAGAUCCUAGGCUUGGGGGCUGCUAAUACUUCUUGAGUGAGGAAGAAAGGAAGAACCAAAAGAGGUCUGGUUAGGGCUUCCCUGGUGGCACAGUGGUUAGGAAUCUGCCUGCCAAUGCAGGGGACACGGGUUCAAGCCCUGGGCUGGGAAGAUCCCACAUGCUGCGGAGCAGCUAAGCCUGUGUGCCACAACUACUGAGCCUGCGCUCUAGAGCCCGCGAGCCACAACUACUGAAGCCCAUGUGCCUAGAGCCAGUGCUCCACAAGAGAAGCCACUGCGUUGAGAAGCCCACACACCGCAACAAAGAGUAGCCCCCAAAUAAGAGGUCUGGUUAGAAACAGGAAAAUAAGAAAACAGAAAAAGAUAAUAAUAUAGCACCGUGUGCCAGACAACAGAACUUUUAAAAUCCUUAACCCUAUGGGGUAGAUACUAUUAUCAUCCUCAUUUUGCAGAUGUUGGAACUGAAGCACACACAGGUUAAGUGACUCUCCCAAGGUCACAUACCUUGUAAGUGGCAGAGCUGGGCUUACCUAAGCAGUGUAGCUGCAGAGACUGGGCCUUGGCUACUAUGCCUUGAAAUGUCAUAGAAAUCAAGACUGAGAAGAGACUCCAGAGAGCCAGUGUAAAAGAGCAUGGACCUUGGAGUUACUGUGCUUCCUCAAAUUAUGUGUUCAGACCUGGGAAUAAGAGACCCAGCCAGGCCACUCUUAGCUAUCCCUGAUGUUCUUAGAAUUCCCCUCGCAGAAAUCAGGCCUAAUUUUAGGUUGAGUACCUAGCAGCACCCCUGCUGCUGUCUACCAGUUAAAUAGGCACAUAUAGCAAACAUAGACACUCUUACGUCUCCAUAAGUCCUAACUACCCUCUUACUGUACCCUUGACUUGACAGCAACCCUGACCUUCCCCUGAAUUCCCAAUCUACCCCUAGCUUUGACUUCUGGGUAGGACCUCAAAAAAGUGGGUUUCAUGCUCAGGAGGUAGGGAUUCCAAGGCCAACUCUAGGAUGUAUUAAGAUCCCAAGAUCAGUUAGAUCCUCCUCAGCCUUCUGGGAUUGAGUUUGGCCUGGGAACAGAGCAGUGGAAAGAACAUCAGGUUUGGAAUCAGGAUCUGCCAGUAACUUAUUGUAUGACCACCCUAUUCAAUUCACUUAACCUUUCUGAGCCUCAGUUUACUCAUAUGUACAACUGAAAUAACAAGACCUUCCUUUUCCUAUGCCCAAAUGUGCUAAAGGAUAUGAAGGUAAUUUGCAGAAUAUGGAUUGUUAAACAAAGUGCUGUUACAUUCUAAGCAUGCUAGAGACCACAACCAUGCCUGUUAGAUCAAAGACUUACGAGAAAAACAUCUCAUCUCUGUAGAAAACAUGCAUCCUACUAUUUCAAAUAAUUUGUUUUUUAAGAUGAGGGAGUAAUAAGUAGUUCAACUUCAGCCUACAGAGCAUUUUAAAGGAAGCAGCGCUGGGAGGGAGAGAGUGAUCCUUGCUAAUGGAAAUGAGGUUUAUGAUGGUCUCAGAGUGAUAACAGUGAUUACAGACGUGAAUUUACCUGCUUCUCUGUAGAUGUUAAUUUAAGAACACUUUGAAACCUUGUGACCCUGCUGGUGCUCUCUCCCUUCACCAAGGCAGUGCAAAGAAAUAUAUAUGGUGCUGUGGCAGGCUGAAUACUGGUCCUCCAAAAUGUCCACAUCCUAAUCCCUGGAACGUGUGAACGCUACCUUAGAUAGCAAAACGGACUUUGUAGAUGUGUGCAGUUGUGUAGAUUACGGAUCUUGAUUAAGGAUUUUGAGAUCAAGAGAUUAAUCUGGAUUAUCAGGGUUGGCCCUAAAUGUAAUCACAAGUGUCCUUAUAAGAGGAAGGCAAAGGGAGAUUUGACCACAGUAGAUGUCAUGACAGAAGCAGGAGGUUGGAGUAAUGUAAGCAAGGGCUGCAAGCCAAGAAAUGUAGUUAGAAAAGGCCAGGAAAUGGAUUCUCUCCAGAAGCCUCCAGAAGGAAUGCAGCCCUGCCAAUACCUUGAUUUUAGACUUCUGAUCUGUAAGAGAAUAAAUUUGUGUUGUUUUAAACCACUAA